AUGGGCCACACCGAACAACGCACGGGGUCUGUCCUUCCCCCGGGCAUUCCAAUAAUUGACGACUUUCGGGCGAUCAAGGUUGAGAUUGGAGUCUCACAGUCGUGGGGCAUUACACAUGGAGAGCUCGACCACAAAGCGAUAUCGGUUUGGGCUGCGAUGCCAGGAGUUGAGUACGUGCUGUGUGUGAAGCUCGAUGUCGACUUUGCGAACGCCGAAUACAAGUUGUACGAUGCUCGAGUACGUCGUCCACUGGUCCAGCUGGCACCACUUCCAAUUGUCACUUCAAGAACCGUAAUCCAGUUGGACGGACGUCGAGUCCUCGGGGGGAAACGCCACACAAAGAAGCAGCACGCGAGGUCGACGCCCCGCGCCUCCUGCAGAGUCUCCCUGCGUCCUCCAGCGCCGGCCAUGAUUGACCCGUCCAAGGACAAAUUCGCAUACUUCAAGGACAACAUCCAGACAGCCGAGGAUAAGGAAGAGUUCGACGCCAGCCAGUACUACUACCAUCGCGACGAAUUCUCAAGCUCCAAGGGCCCUAGUAGUAGUAGCAACGGCCUAAGCAGCAGCGGAGGACCCCAUCUCAGUCUCUCGUCGUUUCACGCAAUGGGCAGCGGCCUCAUGGACGACGACACCGCAGAACCCAAUUUGGCGCAGCUACACAGCUCGUACUCGGGCUACAGCAGUGGUUUGAUGCAAGGCGCGUCUAGUUCGUUUCUGAGCGGAUCCGGUGUGGGUCGAAUGCCAGUAGGUACAAGUACAAUUCCGCCCUCGCAUGAGCUGCACCGUAUCAGUUCCGGGCGGAGUUUCCCGCUGUCGACGGAGAAUAAAGCGCCAGACAUGUCCGAGUUCCCUGCGCUAGGCUCGAGGAUGGGGGCUUUAUCUCUAGACGCGAGUUUUGAAGGCUCCGCAGCGGAGCGAAUGCGAGCUCCAGCGUCCGAGUUUGUGAUCCAGAAAGAAGAUUUCCCUGCGCUCUCGACGUUCGGACCUGGUGUGAGUGACAAGAGUCCGCUGGGAGCUCCGACGGAGUUAAAACGACACUCGAGCUUCACUUCGUCUGCAGCGGAUGGCAUGUUGUCGUCACGGUUGGAGCAGCAGAAAGGAGGCACGUCCAUAGGUAGUCGAGUGGGCGGCGCGAUGCAAGCAGCAGGGUCCAGUGGCAGCGUAAAUCUAGGCACCGAGGCGUUCGAUCACUUCCGAGCACCGCGACAGGACGAGCAGACGGGAGCUGGCAACGGCGAGCUGGAUCCGAGCAACCAGUACGGACUUUUGGGCAUGCUGCACACCAUCAUCCGACCAGACAAUGGCGACGCGACCAAGAACUUGGCUAUGGGCUGCGAUCUCACGUCGCUGGGCUUAAAUCUCAACUCGGCAGAACCGUUGUAUCCAACGUUUGCAUCGCCCUGGUCUGAAGAACAAUUGACAAAAGAGCCGCAGUUCUCGUUGCCACUGUGCUAUUACAACCAGCCUCCAGUGCUCAAGACGACGCACUUGUCCAAAUUCCACCUCGAGACGCUGUUCUUCGUCUUCUAUUCGAUGCCUAAGGACGUCUUGCAAGCGUACGCCGCACAGGAACUCUACAGUCGCGAGUGGAGAUACCACGCGGAGCUCAAGACGUGGCUGAAGCGCGCAUCUCCGGCAGAUGCGGCGCUGUUAGCUGGCAACGCGAGCUCUUCUGUAGGGGGAGCAAGCAACGGAUCCCCCACUGGCGCAACGGGUAACGGCAGCAUUGGAUCUAUCGGUAGCGCCAUGGGCUCAGGCACGGGACCUUCAUUAGCCACCAGCAACAUGACGCCGCAGUUCUUGUACUUCGACACGGCCACAUGGGAACGACGUGUGUUCACGGGGAACAUCAACUCGAUCAGUGGCGGCUUGGUGGGCGAGGACGAGAUCCGAGUCAAGUUUAACGCGUCUUCGUAAUAUACCACGAACACCUGUGUACCUAC